AUGAUGCGACGCAGCGGAACCCAGUUUGAAGUGUCGUUACCCUGGCAAUCGGGAUCUAAUCGACUGCGCGCUAGUCAAGAGAUAGCCCUUCAUAGGCUGAACUAUCUGAAGGGACGAUUGAAAAAGAGCGCGCAUUUGAAGGAAGCUUAUUGUAACGCCAUGAAACGAAAUCUGGAGUUGGGCUAUAUCGAACCCGCAGCGCGAGAAGCCGAGAAAGAGCGAAUAUUAUGGUACCUUCCGCACCAACCAGUUAUAAACCCUAAGAAACCUUUGAAUACUAUGGUUGUUUUCGAUUGUGUUGCCGAGCGCGCCGAGAUUGCUCUAAACCAUCGUCUAAUACAAGGCCCAGUUCUGACGACUCCGCUGAUUGAGGUGCUGGGCCGAUUUCGUUUGGGGUCAGCUGCGGCAGCAGCUGAUAUUGACGAGAUGUUCAUACAGGUCACAGUGCCCGAAGGGCAAAGGGAUGCUCCACGGUAUUUUUGUUGA